AUGUCUCUCGUUCAGCACUUGUCUGCGAUCGACGGUGUUGACCGUGAACCCGAGGCUGAUGAAGGAGAAGAUUUCAUCUCCAUCCGACGCAAGAUCAGUUACGAUGUACUACAACCGCCAAACGAGGGAAUCCCGGUCGCAGAACUGCGGCCCGGCUCGCUCGCGUACGAUCACUCCCCAAGCAAGAGAAUAAUCCAGGUCAUCGUGACCGUGCUCGCAUGCUGGAGCGCAUCGGGUAUCGUGUUUGGGUUCGCGGCCCUGAAGCCCGUCCUCGUCGAGGAAGGUGUUUAUCGCGAGCGAUGUACUCCCCCCGAGAUAGAAGAAGGAUUGGAGCUGUGUUCCCAGCAGGAUCUGAGGUAUGUGUCACACAGGGAGAGUCCUGACUCAAGAAAAAAACUAGGAUCUGAUGAUGAUAGAUUGAACCUGUUUUUCACAAUCGCGUCCAUCACAGCUAAUGUCUCCGCGUUGCCGGUUGGAACUAUUCUCGAUCGCUGUGGCUCGCGCGUUUGCUGGCUGAUCGGUGCCAUUCUGCUCGCUAUUGGCGGUGUCAUCAUGUCUUUCGCCUUUCACAUCCCCAGCUUCGAUGGAUAUAUCCCCGGGAACUUCUUCCUUGCACUCGCUGGUACAUUCCUUUUUGUUCCUUCCUUCCAGAUUGCGAAUGCUUUCCCCAAGUAUGCCGGGUCCAUCGUUGCGCUGGUGACUGGUGCGUUUGAUGCCUCCGCUGCUGUCUUCCUGAUUUACAGACUUGUUUAUGAGGCAACUGCACGGAGAUUCACACCAGAUAAGUUCUUCUUGGGGUAUCUCAUUGUGCCAGUGUUGAUCAUCUUCGCCCUGGUGACAGUGAUGCCGAAACGGGAUUACGUUUCGACGCUGCAGUUGGAGAAUCGGAUCGAGCGGGCGGAAGACGCAACGUACGACGUUCACGAUUCGGACGAUGAUAUUGAUAGUCAAUCGGAGUUGAACCGGAUUCGAAAGAAGCGUGCCGACCUGCGAAAGAGAAGGCUUCGUCAGAUCGAUACCGUGCUCGGUGAUAAGGAUGAGAGGCAGCUUCGAGCGGAUAAAGAGGAGGAUCGCCAGCAGACGAGUUGGGUCUGGGGUGUUCUGCACGGAUUGCCUGCUCAUACACAAAUGGCAACGCCUUGGUUUAUACUUAUCACACUGAUGACCGUCCUGCAAAUGAUCCGCAUGAACUACUUCAUUGCAACGAUUCGGUCGCAGUAUGAGUUCAUGCUUGGCUCUGCUGCAGAGGCAGACAAGAUCGGUGCUUUCUUCGAUAUUGCACUCCCGGUCGGGGGUGUGUUGUUCACCCCUGUUAUUGGAUUCCUGCUUGAUCGUCUCAGCGUCCCAGCUAUGCUGGGACUGAUUGUCCUGUUCACAACCGUGAUCGGUGUGCUCAAUUCCAUUCCUGCUAUCUGGGCUGGGUACAUGACAGUCAUUCUGUUUGUGUUGCUUCGCCCACUGUACUACUCGGCAAUGUCGGAUUAUACGACCAAGGUCUUUGGGUUCGCGACUUUUGGCCGCGUCUACGGCGCUAUCAUUUGUCUAUCCGGCAUUGCCAAUUUCUCGCAGUACGGUCUGGAUUCAUUGACACACCACACCUUUGAUGGGAACCCGAUUCCAAUCAAUGCCGCCUUGGCAAUCGCUGGAUUUAUCGUUGGGUCAGCACUGGUGGGCUACGUUCUCGUGGCUGUUCAGCGGCUUCGGGAGCAGGCUCGGGUGCAUGAGGAAGAAAGGGACAGACUUCUUCUGGAGGAGGACGAGGAGGAAGAAGACGAAUGGGAUGAUGGCUAUCGAUAA